AAUGUUUAAUAGCCUUUUUAUGGGAAUACAAAAAUUAAACAAUGUUUUGAGUUUCCAACACCAAAAUGUUCUCUGUGAACAGUGUCCUAUUACUAUGCGUGUCGACAUCUUUGGGCGUUAACAUCGAGCGUGGCGGUUGGCUGGACCGUUUAGUGCAUUAUCACAAGAAUAAACUCUUCAAUGAGCUAAAGGAAUUGCCACCGAUCAAGGUCAAGGCGUCUAUCAUCCGCGCUCCUGCGGGCUACAGGGACGCGGCUGGCUGGAACUUGGAGAACGUUCUGCGUUUGCUAUCGCUGCUCCAGCGCGGUGUUGCGCGGCCUGUGCUAGGUUACCUGCGCAGGUCCAUGCCGCGCAGACGGUUCAUGAAGUUUGCGGAUACAUUUCUCGCUUUCCCCAGUCUGGCGCUGGAUCACCCAAAUGAUUUCUACUACGACGUGGGGUCAAACGAGUUCAAUGGCGAGGAGGAGCCAUGGGCCCCCGGGGAGAUCACGGAUGAAUCCAUCAUCGUGGUUUCCAACCCCACGGAGGCGCGGUUACCCUCCGCACAGAUCAGCGUCAAGUUGCUCAAAGAGAUAUUGGAAGCUAGAGCCAUAGCUGCGAGGUAUAUACCAACAUCUAAGAAGGUCAUAAUGUGGAAGCCGAUGUCGACUAAAAGUACAACAGCUGAUGCAGGUUCCGGGGCAUCUGGCAACACUGGAACAGGUGACGGACAAAGUACAACCGUCGCAGGAACCACUACAACAUAAAUUGUAUUUUAUUUUAAUAAGCAAUAAUUAAAAAAGU